AGAAACCGCUUUGAGAAACGCAGUGAUUUCAUUCUGCCGUGUUGCCCACUCCCCGCAUUCUCCCUGCCUCCCACUCCGCCCCCUUGCUUUGCCAUUUUAAUCGGGCUUCCUUGUUUCUUUCUCCCCCGCAUCCUGCUCUCUCCGGCACCCUUCCCCAAGGUUUGCCUGUAGGUACCUGAACUGACACCGACGGUGCCUAAAGAUGCUGAGCGGCGUCUGGUUCCUCAGUGUGUUAACCGUGGCCGGGAUCUUACAGACGGAGAGCCGCAAAACUGCCAAAGACAUUUGCAAGAUCCGCUGCCUGUGCGAAGAGAAGGAAAACGUCCUGAAUAUUAACUGCGAAAACAAAGGAUUUACAACUGUCAGCCUGCUUCAGCCCCCCCAGUAUCGAAUCUAUCAGCUUUUCCUCAAUGGAAACCUCCUGACGAGACUGUACCCUAACGAGUUCGUCAAUUACUCUAACGCCGUGACUCUCCACCUGGGCAACAACGGGCUGCAGGAGAUCCGAAGCGGGGCGUUCAGCGGCCUGAAAACCCUCAAGAGACUGCACCUCAACAACAACAAGCUCGAGGUGCUGAGGGAAGACACCUUCCUGGGCCUGGAGAACCUCGAGUAUCUCCAGGCCGACUACAAUUACAUCAGUGCCAUCGAGGCAGGAGCGUUCAGCAAACUGAAUAAGCUCAAAGUGCUCAUCCUGAAUGACAAUCUUCUGCUGUCACUGCCCAGCAAUGUGUUCCGCUUCGUCCUGCUGACCCACUUAGACCUGAGAGGAAACAGGCUGAAAGUGAUGCCUUUCGCAGGCGUCCUCGAGCACAUUGGAGGGAUCAUGGAGAUUCAGCUGGAGGAGAACCCAUGGAAUUGCACCUGUGACUUGCUUCCUCUCAAGGCUUGGCUGGACACCAUAACUGUUUUUGUUGGGGAGAUCGUCUGUGAAACUCCCUUUCGAUUGCAUGGGAAAGAUGUGACCCAGCUGACCAGGCAAGAUCUCUGUCCCCGAAAAAGUACUGGUGACUCCGGUCAGAGGGGCAGCCAUGCCGACACACACGUCCAAAGGCUGUCACCGACAAUGAAUCCCGCUCUCAACCCAACCAGGGCUCCCAAAGCCAGCCGGCCCCCCAAAAUGAGAAAUCGCCCAACUCCCCGGGUCACUGUGUCAAAGGACAGGCAGAGCUUUGGACCGAUCAUGGUGUACCAGACCAAGUCCCCCGUGCCCCUCACCUGCCCCAGCAGUUGCGUCUGUACCUCUCAGAGUUCAGACAAUGGUCUCAACGUCAAUUGCCAAGAAAGGAAGUUCACGAAUAUCUCUGACCUGCAGCCCAAACCUACCAGUCCAAAGAAGCUCUACCUGACAGGGAACUAUCUUCAAACUGUCUAUAAGAACGACCUCCUAGAAUACAGCUCUCUGGACUUGUUGCAUUUAGGAAACAACAGGAUUGCGGUCAUUCAGGAAGGUGCCUUCACAAACUUGACCAGUCUGCGCAGACUCUAUCUGAAUGGCAAUUACCUGGAAGUGCUGUAUCCUUCUAUGUUUGAUGGACUGCAGAGCUUGCAGUAUCUCUAUUUAGAGUAUAACGUCAUCAAGGAAAUUAAACCACUGACCUUUGAUGCUUUGAUUAACCUACAGCUACUGUUUCUGAAUAACAACUUGCUGCGGUCCCUACCCGAUAAUAUAUUUGGGGGCACCGCCCUCACCAGGCUGAAUCUGAGAAACAACCAUUUCUCUCACCUGCCUGUGAAAGGGGUUCUGGAUCAGCUUCCGGCAUUCAUCCAGAUAGAUCUGCAAGAGAACCCAUGGGACUGCACCUGUGACAUCAUGGGGCUAAAGGACUGGACAGAACAUGCCAAUUCCCCUGUCAUCAUCAAUGAGGUGACCUGUGAAUCUCCUGCGAAGCAUGCCGGGGAAAUCCUAAAGUUUCUGGGGAGGGAAGCUAUCUGUCCCGACAGUCCAAACUUGUCAGAUGGAACCGUUUUGUCCAUGAAUUACAACACAGACCCUCCUCGGUCGCUUAGUGUGUCUCCCAGCUCCUAUCCGGAACUCCACACUGAAGUUCCACUUUCAGUCUUAAUUUUAGGAUUGCUUGUUGUCUUUAUCUUAUCUGUCUGUUUUGGGGCCGGUCUAUUCGUCUUUGUCCUGAAACGCAGAAAGGGGGUGCCAAGUGUUCCAAGGAGUGCCAACAACCUAGAUGUCAGUUCCUUCCAGCUACAGUAUGGGUCUUACAAUACCGAGACUCGGGAUAAAACCGACAGCCACGUCUACAACUAUAUCCCCCCUCCUGUGGGGCAGAUGUGCCAAAACCCCAUCUACAUGCAGAAGGAAGGAGACCCGGUAGCCUAUUACCGAAACCUGCAAGACUUCAGCUAUGGCAACCUAGAGGAGAAGAAAGAAGAGCCCGCCACACUGGCUUACACUAUAAGUGCCACCGAGUUGCUCGAGAAGCAAGCCACGCCAAGAGAGCCCGAGCUGCUGUACCAGAAUAUUGCUGAGCGAGUCAAGGAACUUCCCAGUGCAGGACUAGUCCACUAUAACUUCUGUACCUUACCCAAAAGGCAGUUCGCCCCUUCGUAUGAAUCUCGACGCCAAAACCAAGACAGAAUCAAUAAAACCGUUUUAUACGGAACUCCCAGGAAAUGCUUUGUGGGGCAGUCAAAACCCGACCACCCUUUACUGCAAGCUAAGCCGCAAUCAGAACCAGACUACCUCGAAGUUCUGGAAAAACAAACUGCAAUCAGUCAGCUGUGAAGGGAAACCAUUUACAACCCUACGGCAUCCAAGGGUGCUGCUCAAGACUGUUGGAGGCACUACGUUUGCUUUUGUGUGUGUUUGUGUUCUGCCUCUCUCAGCAUCAGUGGGGGACUUUGAAAAUGUUUGGGGGAUGGGGUGAAGCAAUGAUACUGCUUUUCCAAGUUUUCCUUUAAAUUAUUUCUCUCUUGCUCCCCCUACCCUCCUUUCCCCACCUUCUCUCCUUAGGAAUCAUCAGUGAACAUGAAUGUUUCUACAGUGCAUUUUUUCAUAUAUUUUGUUUAUGGUUUUGUUUCUUUUUUCUUCUUUUAUUGUUCCAGUGUGGGAAUGGGAAGAGGAGAUUAUAGUGAAUGAAGAAAGAGUAAGCAGACUUUUCACGUAAAAAUGGAUAUUUAGUGUAUUUUGUAGAAGAUCUCCAAAGAUCUUUUGAGACUAUAAAUUCUUUUGUAAAUAAUGAUAUAUGGUAUUUCCGUCUUCAGUUACCAAGUAUAGCCACUAGGCAUCACUUCUUUUUGUUAAAGUGCCUUUGCACUUUAAGUACAUUACUUAAAUGUUGCUUUUAGCUUUGAUAAAUUUGAACAUAUUUUAAUGUGUUGUAUUUUUGAAAUUAAACACAGUGUAAAAUAGAUCAAAAUUUCAGCUAUAUUAAGUCAACGUACAGUUUGCUUGAGUUAUAGAAACCAGCUUGUCAUCAAAUGAUUCUAGUUGUAGGACUUUAGAGAUUUAACUGUAAAAUAUUUCCUUUCCUCUGGGUUUGUUCUAAGUGAUUUUAUUUAAGUCAACUAAGGGGAUUUAACAGUGGACUAGAGGUAAGAAACUGCCUCAGUCGGGAUUAGUAAUUCAUUAAUAAAAUAUAUUUAACCCAACCUCAGAGUGAAUUGAACAAUUAAUGCCCUUCCGUAAAUCAGUAUUUUACACUAACAUGGUCAGUGUUUUAGAUUAUUUUCCUAAUUAAGAGUACAUUACACAACUUGUAAUACAUCUUUUCUGCAUUAAAUUAGAUAUUUUUAUAUAUUUAAAUGAAAGAGUCUGUAUUUCUAACUUUUUAAUUGAAAUUAGUAUUUUUUCUGCCUAUUGAAACAUUUUCUAUAAACACACACCAGUAGAGGCCGCCACACACCUCAUUUAAUAAAGACAUGUGAGCCAUUAAAUACCUUGAAGGAACACUUCAAAGGUGAGAUUAAAACAUCCCAAGUAAGUUCUCUGCAAAUUCAAGGCAGCAGAGACAAACGUGUACAUCACUUUCUAUUUCUUUUAGGAUUAAAGAUUGGACUCUGAAUCCUCAAUUUUCACAUUUUUAGAGAAAGCAGCAUUUUCCUCUUAAGUUUAUUGAAGCGUUAAUGGGGUGCUAUCAGAUCAAGUACUAUUUGCAUCUCCAAAUCAAUUAAAAAGUACCUAAACCAAGAAAGGAAGCAUCUUUUCUCUUCUGCCUUCUUUAGGCAUGUGUUACUUGGAUUUUUCCUUGUCAGCUCAAGCAAGCCUUUCGUUUUGGUCUUAGCAUUAGAAUGAUUUUAACUAACCAAGUCUAUAUAACGUUUAUGAAGCCUUAUUAGCCUGUAAAGAAUUUUUAGACGCAAACAUUAUUGUGAGAUUUAAACAAACAGCCCUUCUUUACAACAAAAAAUAGUUUUGUUUUGUCUAUUGUAAAUCCUUAUGCAACUGGGAUGGUGAUCUGCAUAUAAAGUAGUCCAGCUUUUCAAUUCCUUAUUAAAGCAAUUGAUGGCGUCUGAAAGAAGCACACUGUUUCCUUUUCAUAAAUAGGUUACUGCACAUAAUAAUCCUUUAUUAUCAUGUGGAGAUUGAAGUGGAUCCUGAUAACUUACUUUUAAAGCUUUAAAAUGACUAAUAGUAUAUUGUCUGUCACUAUAAACAAUUCAUGUGAUAGGCUUUCAAUUAGAAAUUACUUAAGUCCAAAUGAUUUGGAUUAAGAAACUACUGGUGCAAAAUCGUUUUUUUUAACAAUAGAAGUUAAUUAUGUAUAUUUAAAUGUAAAGGGCAUUCAGGAAAAAAAAUGCCUUUAACAACCUAAAAUCUCUGAAUAUCUACAGUGACAAGCUAACAUGUUCACUCUUCGAUUAGAAAUCAUAAUUCCUACUCGAAUCCAUUAGAUCAAAGUAAAAAAUGGUGGCCCGAAAUGAUCUACAAGAAAGUUAAUGUAGUGAGAUUUUACAUUUCAUACAAGAGGAGAGAGAAUAUUAUGCUAACUGAACUUGGAGACAGCUCCCGGAAAAACCACCUCCUCUUUGAGUGUAUAUACAUAAACGUGUGUGUGUGUGUGUGUGUGAUAUGUUAUAUAUAUAUAAUAUAUAUAUAUAUAAUAUAUAUAUUAUAUAUAAUACACACAUAUAUAUUAUAACAUAUAUAUAUAUAAUACAUAUAUAUAAAAGUUUCAAAAAUCCUCUUGUGGCUGCUCUCAUUUGGUGCAAUGAUAAACACGGAAUACAGAGGUAGGUAUUUUGGGAAGUGAUUAUAAAGGCAAACUAGGAUACAUAUCCUGUUAAGAUAGUGUUUAGGUUUAAACUAUACAUCUAACUACAACUACUGAUGUAGUGAUUCCACUUCAGUGUUUGUUCUUAUUCACCUAAAAGGAAAGUCAUUCCAUUAUCCAUAGAAAAACCCAUUCAUUGAUCUUAAACAGAGAUAGCUUAAUAUUCAUUUAGUUACAUGAUUUUAAAGAGGCCUCCUAGAAGAACUCAGAUUCAUAAACUCUCUUGCUUAAUUAUUAUGGUGUAAAUCCAGAUUCCCAUGCUCCUUAGAUUUUUACUUUAUUUGUAUUAGGUUUUAAGAUGAAAUUGUUUACGGUUCAGACUAUUUCAUUUAAAGGCUUCAUACACCAUAUACUCUGAAGCUUUAUUUUCUAAUGCAGUCAUGAACACUUUUAUGUUUAUUCUCUUAUUAGCAUCCCCACUGACUACAUUGUUGUGCUUUAUCUGUUCAAGUCCUAUUUUAUUUUAGGAUUUUGUUUUUAUCUCCUACAGCUGGAUUUUGCUAUUUCACUUUUAUUUCCUAUGAAAUCUGUAAUGGGUAUGAGCAUCAGCACAGCGAAAUGGUUCCAGCCAACAGAGUGUGAUCUCCCCCAGCCCUGCCUGAAACAGAUCUGUAUGUCUGGCCCUACAAAUGGCAAAUGGUAAUUUCCUUCGAUUCUAGCUCUUAAUGAAUUGCUUUCACUGUUUCUGAAUAUACCUGUGGCUAAGUUUGUAUUGAAACACUCAAAAGUACUAUUAUUUCUCAGUCUGGACACAAUUGCCCAGAGUUUGAUUUGGUUUUGGACUUUGGUCCAUCUGUGUGCCUUUUUAGUUCCCUCCAGCAGUUGGUGAGUAAGGAAAUGACUCUUCAAUUUCCUCUGCUUUGUCCUCUGACCUUGAAGAUGAUUUAAUUUUUCUAAAUAUUCCCAUGACAUC